AUGUUUUUAUUAACUUUACUUGCUUUCCUUUUGCCUUUGUAAUCCAUUUAAUCAAAUUUAAUUACUUGUUAUUAUGAGAAAGAUGAUUCUCAACUUGAAAUUAAUUCUGAAAGACCAUAAGAAAAAAUAAUUAAUCUAAAAUCGAACUCAGGUGAGGCUCAUGAAAAAGGAUUUGGAUUUUGGUCAAAAUAUAUUGCAACUAUAGAUUUUGAUUCAUUUAGUAAAUAUUCUAGACCAUUUGAUGUUCAAUAUUGUUUCUGGGCAUAAUGCAUUUUUAAUGGAUUUUUUUUUUUAAGAAUUAGAGACUAAAAUUAAGAUAAUAUUAUUGCUUUGAUACUAAAUAUGAAAGAUGAUCCCAUAAGCUUGACUCAUGAUAUUCAUUUAUUUGCAAUAGGUGAAAAUGAAUAUUAAAAGGCAUAAUUUAAUUAUAUGGCUAACUAAUAUCAAAAUAUAUGGUAUUAUACAUCAAUAGUUUAUUCAAAAAUUGAUCAAAAAUUAAGAAUAUUUACUAAUUUCGAUAAUUAGAUUCACUCUUUUGAUUACUAAAUAAUGACCGAUGAGAUAAUAGUGUAAUUAGGAGGAUACAAUUAAAAUUAACAAUUGUAUCAAAAUUAUGUUUUUGUUGGUUAAACAUUACUGUUUUUUAAAGGAUAUUUUUCAUCUAUAUAAGAAUAUGAAUCCUUUACAUAUUCUGAUGAUUUUUUUAUAAAUUUAUUAAUUUAAUGUUAGAUAUAAGAUUAGAAAACUAAAACCUUAAUUUAUGAUUAAAUUCAAUUAAUAGAUCCAAGUUUAUCGUCUUCAGAAGAUAUGUCAAUUCAUACACCUGAAUACAAAAUUGUGAAUAGUCGAUAUUUGAUAAAAUGUUGGGUUAAAUAAGAUUAUGAAGAGGUAUAACUUAAGUUGUAAUUUUAAGGCAUUUAGAUAUUAUUAAAAUGAAUAUGGCUAUACAUUUUAUCAGCUUCGUUAAACUGUAUUUUUAAUUGAUUCUUUAAAAUAUAUAUUUUAAAAUUUAUAGGGAGUUAAAGUUAUGAGCAUAUAUUAUGAAGUAUUAUGUUUUAAUAUUUAGGUGGACUUUGAAAAUAAUAAUGAAACAAUUAUUUAAUUCUCAACAGAAUUCAUAAAAAUUCCUCUUCUAGUAUAAAAAUAUGAGGAUGAGAAUUUGAGGUAAUUUGAUAGGGUAAUUAUAAAAAAGGAUAAUUUAUAUGAAUUAACAUAAUAAUGGCAUUAUUUAAUAAUAGAAUAUGGAAGGACAUCUAUAGAUGGAGCUAAUUUAUAGAUUAGAUUAAUUUUUUUAACUUAAGAAUAGUUGGUGUAUAAUUUAGGAACUCAUGGUUAUAAUUCUUAAUUUAUAGGAUAACCUAUAAUUUAAUAAAUACAAAAAUAGGAUAACUUUUUUGGAAAAAGUAGAACAAAAAUUCGAAGAUUGAAAUUUAUAACAGGUUAUCUUUAAGAGAAUAAUGAUUUUAAUUAUGGUAGUAUUUUAAUUAAUAAUUUAAGAAUGUCAUCCAAGUUGUAAAGAUUGUUAAGGACCUAUGAAUUUUGAUUGCAAAUCUUGUUAUACAGAAUAUUAUUUUUCUUUAACAUAAUUUAAUAUAUGCGAUUGUAUGUAUCUUACUUAAUAUAUUACUACUUCAUAAAAGUGUUAGCCUAUAGAAAAUGUAUAAUAUUUAAAUAUUGUUUAAAAAUAAAUAGAAAAACUUUGUAAUUUUAGUUAUUUUUAGGUUAAAUUUAGAAAUUAGUUUUAUUGUGUUUAAUGGUAUUAUUUAAAAAUAAAAAAAAUAGUCCAGAAUAUCAUGAAGAGAGAUUAUAAUGUGGUGAUUGUUUUCAAAAUUGGUCUACUUGGUAAUUUAAACCUCUUUGUACAUUUGAUUAUAUAUAAUAAAGAGUUGGAUAUCCUUUCAUUAAAAAAGAUAGAAAAAAUAUAUAUAUUGAUGUUUAUUAUUUAGAUGAUCAACUGUAACUAAAUUUACUUUAAGGAGCUUCAGAUUUUUGUGAUGAUGCAUAACUUGAUUGUUAAGAAAGUCAACAUUAUCAUUUAGAUAAAAAAAUUAAGAUGAAAUGCAAAAUCAAUCAUUUUUACUAAGAUAAUAAAUGUUGGAUUUGUGAUUAAUCAUGUAUUGAUUGUAAAUCAAAAGAUAUAUGCCUUAAUUGUAUGGACACUUAUUAUUUUAAUUUCUCCAGUUAAAAAUGUAAGUUUUGUCCAAAUGAGUGUUUAACUUGUAAAAAUGAUACAAACUCUAAAACAGGAUUAAUAUGUUUAACAUGUGCUAAGUAAAAUAUAUUACUUAUUCAAAAGAACUUAUGCUUUGACAAAGUAAGGGACAUGUAAUAAAUGUGGAAACGAUUGUGAAUAUUGUUAGGAAGAUUAUAAUCUAAAAACAUAAUAAUAUUUUAUGAGAUGUAACAAAUGUCUAGAUGAAAGGAAAAUGUCAAUAAGAUUUGAUGGAAUUAAUUGUAGAAUUAUUACCAUUUAAAAUUGUCAAUAUGUUAUGAUUAUCUCAAAAGCUCAACCAUGGGGUUAUUCUAAUUUCCCUUAUAAUUUUGAACCAUCUAAUGAUGUUUAAGAUGAACUACCUAUUUGUGGAUUAUGUGAUGAUUAUUAUGGGUAUAAUCUUUAUUAAGAAAUUUGUGAACCAAGAGAUUAUGACAAUACUUGCCUUUAAUCCUUUUUUGGUGAUUAUUUAUAUAAUGGUGUCUAAUAUCCUCCUUAAUACUUUUGUCUAAUAGCAAAUAUCUAUAUUCAUCAAGCAACUUAAGGGGAAGAUUGCGAAUUUUAAAUUCAAAAUUGUAGAUUUUGCUUCAAUCCAUAAUAAUUUACACCUUCAUUUUGUCUCGAAUGUAAAACUGGAUAUUAUGCAAAUCGUAUUUCAGGAUAAUGUUUUAGAUGUCCUGAAUCUUUAAAUUGUAAGACUUGUUUUCAUUCAUCUAUUAAAUUUAAUGAUUCAUAUAGAAUUAAACUUUCAGUCCCACAUUAAUUUUUAAAAUCAUAAACAGAUACUAAAUAUUUUGUACUCUAUUAUUUUUAUUUACUAGUUUACUUAAGCUUAAAAUAAUAAUCCUUAAGAUUAUCAAUUGGUCUGCAGUUCAUGUAACUAUGGAUUUAUGUUAAUAGAUGGAUAAUGUAUUAAAUAUUGUGACAUUAAUUGUCCUAAUUGUUUAUAUUCUGAAGGAUAAUUUUAUUGUUAAUACUGUGAAAAUAAUAACUAUCACAGUUAAUUGAGUUUAAUUUAACAUAAAUGUUCUGAAUGUCCAAGUUAUUGUGAAUUUUGUAGAGAAAGAACACAAGAAGAAAUAACUAUAUUAAAUUCUAAUUUUAUUCCUAAUUUAAACAAUUAAAUAUAUUCUUAUUAAUGUCUCAAGGCCUAUACCAAUAAUGAAAACCUUUAUUACGAUUAAAUUUUUGGAUAAUUUCAUCCUUGUUAUAAUUAAGAUGCUUGUUAAAAUGUCAUUCUAUUUGAAAUUAAUUUAUUUUGUUCAAAUUAAGAGUAUUAAACAAAAUUAUCAGCACUUACUGAUUUAGAUUAAUAAAUAUAAUUUAAAAUGAAUAAUGUAUUAUUUGAUACACUUUUGCAAUCUAAUUCUUAAAACCCUAGUUUUUAAGAUGUACUAUAAUAUUACUAAAUUUUAGCUUGAAUUAGAUUCAAAAUAUUAAAUAAUGAAUAAAAAAUUCAUCAAAACAAUUAUUAUUUAAUUAACAUCCAAUACAGAAUAAAUAUGUUCAGUUAAUGAAAUAAACUAUAUUUCCUAAAAAUUUUCCCAAUAUGUAUUUCAAUUAAUGUAAUUAUUAUUUUAUAAAAAGUGAUGUAUAAUUAAUUAUCAAAUCUAAAAAAGAUUAGCCUUUAAAAAUUAAAAUAUACAAAGAAUUACAUUUUUUGGAUUUUUCAUUUAUAAGUUUUGAAAAUAUUGAAUUUGAAAUCCAAUCAUCUACAAAAGAGAAAAGUAUAAGUAUUUAAGGAUUUAAACCAAUUUAAUUAUAAUUAGAAAACAUUUUGUUUACUUCUAAUUCUUAAGAGUAAAUAAGUCUUUUUGCUUUAAAAGGGGACUAAAUUUCUUCAACCUAAAUGAAUGGAAUUAACUUUUAAAACAUUAACUUUUUGAGUGAAAACUUAAAAAGUAUUUUUUAAUUUUCUUUCUUACCACAAGCUUUGGCUUAGUUUAAAAACUUUUAAAUAUCGAAUUGUAAUUUUUAAAAUAUUAAUAUUAUUGAAUUUAAAUCAUCUCAAACUAUAUCAGUAGAAUUAGACAAGAUGAAAAUUUCUGCUAAUUUAAAUAAAUGCUCAUUAUUGUCAUCAAAAACUAAUUAAGAAAUAAAAGAAUUAACUAUUUAAAAUAUUUACAUUACAGGCCAAUUAGAAUAUUCAGAAUCUUUUAUAACAUUGAACAAUAUAGAAAAUGCAUAAAUUUACAAUUUUACAUUAAAUGAAAUAAAACUAGUCAAUUCAGUAAUUAUUUAAUUGGAGAAAUAUGCUUUUAUUUAACAUCUUACUAUUCAAAAAUGUUAAAUUUUAGGAAUUGUUUAAAUUAUUUCUAACUUUAUUCCAAAAGAAAUGAACAAUUAAACAAUACUCAGCUAUGUUAUCAAUAAAAUUGAAUUAAAUGAUAUAAUUUUAAAUUCACUUUCGAAAAUAGUAUACAUGCAACCAUUUUAAUCUGCCUCAUCUUCUGUAGUAAUAGAAGAUAUAUUAUUUUCGAAUAUUCAUAGAGAUAGUUAACUUAAUGCUCAAUAGGAUAUUCCUCUAAUAAAUAUUUUAUUGUAAACUGUUAAAAUAUAAUUUUGUAUAAUUUAGAGGGGGAGUGGAUUCAUAGAAUUUUUAUUUUAAAAUGUCUUCAAAUUAGAAAUGAAGAAUUUAAAAGCUUCAUAACCAAGAAAAUAUUAAUUGCAUUAAUUUUAUGAAUGUACUAAUUUAGAAGCAAGUUUCUUUCCAAGUUUUAUCAAAUUAUUGGAUGUAAAAAAUAUUUAUUUUGAACAAUUUGUUAUAAAGGGUUUUAAUAUAAUAAAUACAGCAUUAAUUUUAUAUUAAAGUUAUUUUGAAUCAUAAUAUGAAACAAUAUUUUAAUUUAAAAACUUUUUAAUAGAAGAAAAUCUUGUUAUGGUUUUGCAACCAGAUUCAAGCACCUCACUUAUUCAUAUUCAAAGUAGAUAAUAGAUUGAAGUAAUUAUUGAGAAUGCAGAAAUUACAAGAAAUUAAUUACAUAAUUAUGGAUAAAAUCUAUUCAUAUAGUCUUCUUUAGGGCUUUUGAUUGAUUGUCCAUCUGGAGUUAUAAAAUUAUAGUAAAAUUUAUUUAACAAUAAUUUUGCUACAAAUACUACAGAUACUAUAACAUAUAUCUUUGCUAAGAGUAUAUUGAUGGAUUCAGUUCAAUUUAUUAAUAAUUCAGUUUACAAUAUACAAUUACUUUUGAAUAACAUUGUUCUUAAUUUUCCAAAUGAUUAAAUUGUAAGAUUGAGUAAUUUAAUAAAUAUAUUUCCACUAAUUAGUGAAGUUGGUAAUGCAUAUCUUUAAGCAUAAAAUAUUAUAAUUUUGGAUUGUUAAGUUUAAAAUUCAUCAGGGAAAAAUGGAAUUGGAUUUUACAUAAAAGCUUAAUCCAUAAAGAUUAUAGGUGUUAUAUUUAAAGAUUUGAAAACAUAAUUCAAAAAUAAUGAUGAGCAUGGGUCUUGUAUUUUUAUUGAAAUUGCAUCAAAAAAAUCAGAAAUUUCAAUUUAAAACGUUAUUGCUAAAAAUAUUAUUACAAAGGAUUAUGGUAGCUUUCUUUAUAUAAAAUCUGAUCAUGAUUAUUUGAGUAUGACUCUAAAAAAUAUAACUUUGUAAGGAUGUAUAUCAUCAAAAGGAAGUGUUCUUUAUGCAUCAUUUUAGAAAACAUCUUUAUCUAAUCAAUUGAGCAUUUAGGAUGUUAUAAUAACAGAUUAAGAAACUGUUUUUUUUGAUUACCUAAAAUAAAUAGUUUACAAUCCAAAUGCAUAAGUUAAUCUUAACAAUAGAGUUUCAUUUUACUUUGAAAAUUCUGUGAUCAACUUAUCUAAUAUUCAGGUAUUAGAUUUGUUUUAUGAAUCAUUACUUUAUUGUAAUGAUUAAAGCGAUAUAAAUAUUAAUUAAAUUAUAAUAAGAAGUGGUACAAUUCCAAAAUAAAGUCUAUUAUAUAUCUAACCCAGAAAUAGUAUAUUAUUAAUAUUAAUAUUUAGAUUUGGAAACUAAAAUUAGUAUUAAAGGAUUGCAAAUUUAGUAUUUGGCUUAAUCAUAAAAUCAAGUUGAACAAUGCCACAUCACUUAACCAAUAAAAUCUUUAAAAAUUUAGAAUAUGCAAUGUUAAGUGGAAAAUUAAAAUAAAAAUGUUCAAAUUGAUUUUGAAAAUGCUAAUAAUUAAGAUAUAGAUUGUUUACAAAGUUAAUUUUUAUUUACUAAUACAAAUUCUUAACAAGCAAUCAUGACUAUAUAUUAGAUCAAAGAAUCAGAUAAAAUAUAUUUAUUGGAUAACUAUUUUUAAAAUAAUAAUAUCUCUAAUUCUAUCAAUGGAAUAAUAUUUUUCCAGUUAAACAAGUAAUUGUAUAAAAUUUUUUCUAUUGAUCUCAAUAAUUUGAAUAUAAAAAAUAAUUAAUGUGGAUUUUUAGGAUGCUUAUGUAUAAAUAAUGAGAUUUACAAUAACAAUUAUAAAUAUUUUAAUCACUCCUUAAGAAUCUUAAAAUAAGAUAGGGAGUAGAUAUUGAUGUAACUUAAAUAUGAUGUUACUAUAAAAAAUUAUAUAUGUUUAGGAAAUUAAGCAGAUUAUGGAACAUGUUUAUUUGCUAAUUCAACUCGAGUGCUUAUAUAAAACUCAAUAUUAACAAAUAAUAAUGCAAAAUUUGUUGGGGGAGUUAUUUAUUUUGUUGGAAUAGAAUCUUUUUUAUUGAUAACUAACUCUAAAAUUAAGAGAAAUGAGGCAUUAACAGCUGGUGCAAUUUAUUUCGAUAAUUGUAUUUCUUAAAAUAUGGAAAAUUUUGACACAAUCAUUACAGAAAAUUCAGCUACUAAUUAUGGAAAUGAUUUAGUUGAAGCUCCUUCACAUUUAUCAAUAACUAAAAAUAAUUAUAAAAGUAUAUUUAGUACUUAUCCAAUUAAUGAAACUAGAGAACUAUUGUAUGAAAUGUUAAAUAAUUCAAAUAAUUAAAAUUAAGUAAUCUAUUUACCAAGUGGAACUUAAAUAAAAGAAUAUUAAUCAUUUAAUUUUAUUACUAAAGAAUUAGAGCCUUAGUACUUAACAUUUAGAAUAGUAGCUUUAGACAACAAAUAUUCUAAAUAAUACAAUUUGACAGAUUCAAAAUGUAAUAUUGAAACCAAUAUCUUUGAUUUAUAAAGAAAAGAAUAUAUUGGAACUUAGAAUUAAACAUAUAUCUCUAAAAACAUAGUUUAUUUUAAUCCAAUAACAAAUGAUUAUAAUUUAGAUGAUUUGAUUAUCUUUUUUGAUAGCUCUAAUACAAAAAUCAGAUAUUUAUAAUUAGCUAUAACAUGUGAUAGCUUAAAAAUAAAACAAUAUGAUGAAAACAAAUUAAUAGUGAAAUCAUAUCAUACAAAUUAUAAAUUAUUGAUCAACAUUAAUACUUUUAGAUGUAGAGUUGGCGAAAUAAAAUCUCAAUUAGAUAUGUCAUGCCAUGAAUGUGAUUCUAAAUUAGAUUAAUAUUCAUUAAAACUUAAUUCUAAUAAAUGUAAUAUAAGGGAUGAAUAAACUACACUAAAUGUAACUUCCUAUAAACUGAAUCUUAGAGAAGUAUAUAAUUAUUAUUCUAAAUAAGGGAUUUUGGAGACCAUAUUUUGAUAAUGAUUAGAUAGAGGAAUGUUAUAACUUGAAAGAUAAUUGUCUUGGAUUAUGGGAUUAUGGUGAUACUUCAUGUUAUUUAGGUCACAUUGGUGCAUUAUGUGAACAAUGUGACAUAUAAGACACAAGAGGAUAAGGAAAAUACUCAAAUGCUUAAUAGUAUUCUUGUGGCUCUUGUGAAGAUAUCAAUUAUAAUUUGAUUUAAAUAAUUGGAUUUAGUAUCUGGUAAUAAAUUAUUAUUUAUUUAAAGGACUUUAAUUACUAUAAUUCUAAGUGUAAAAGGAGCUAUUACUAUUGAAUUUUAAAUCUUAGAAUCUCCUUAUUUAAUUAAAAUAUUUACCAAUUAUUUAUAGAUUAUAAGUUCACUAACAACAUUUAAAUUGAGCUUACCAGUUAACUAUUUUUAUUUUUUAGAUGGAGUUGGAAAUCCAAUAUAAAGGAUUUCUUAUUCAUUGGAUUGUUAUCUAGGUAUUUAAUAUCUAAAAUACUUUUUAGUUCUAAUUUCAUAUCUUGAUAUUCAUUAUACUAGAUUGAUUUGGUAACUAAUACUUCCUUGCAUUUAUUUCCUAAUACUUUCAAUUUUCUAUUCUGUCCUUAUUUAUCUAAACUAUAUCAAAUACAAAGGAUCAAUUGUUAUGACAGCUAUAAUCUAUAUGUAUAUUUACUUUUAGCCCAGUUUAAUUGGAUCUGUCAUAGCUUUAGUUUCAACUAGAACUAUCUCAGGUGUUUCUUGGAUCUAAGCUAAUGUCGCUUUUCAAUUUGAUACUUUUGUUCAUCAUAGAUGGGUUAUAGGAUUUUGCAUACCAAUCUUAUUUUUGUUUGGUAUUUUAAUACCUGCAGGAUUACUUUAUGGAUUAUAUUAACAAAGACAUAAACUUAUUUAUAAAAGAGGUAAAAGCUUAUUUGGAUAUCUUUAUUAUGAAUAUAAACCCAAGGCUUACUUUUGGGAAAUCAUCAAGAUUGUAACAAAAGAAUUAGUUAUUUUGUUUUUGAUCUUUUAUGAAGAUUCAAUAAUAAUAAAAGGUUCUUUAAUUUAUUUAAUUCUUUUAUUUUAUUAGUUAUUAAAUCUUAAAUAUUAACCUUUUAAAUCUUUCAGGUUGAAUCAAUUAGAUUAUGAAUCAACAUUAAUUUGUGGAACAUCUAUUAUUAUAGGAAUAGGACUUAAUAUAGGAUAAUAAUCUUAAUUUAAAAGCAUUUAUAACUUUUACUUUUUAGCAUUAAUGAUUAUGAAUAUAUUCAUGCUAGUUAAAUUUGUGAUCUACUUAAUCAAUUCAUAUUUCAAUGAAAUGGAAUAACUGACAGACCAAAUAAAAAAGAAAGUUUAAUCUAUUUUACCAAAACAAAUUAAGAUGAGUCAACAAUGUCAAAGAAUAUUAGAACUCUCAUCAGUAAGACGACAAAGAGUUAAAAAUAAUUUUAAAAGAUUGAAAUCUGCUUAUAAAUAAUCUAAAUAAAAACAAUCCACUUAGAUUUAUAUUUUUAAUAAUUUUUCAAACUAAUAAAUUACCUAAAGAAUAAAGUAAAAUUUUUGUAUAUUAUUUAGUAGCCAAUUCACUGAAAGAGAAAAUAGAUUAAGCUAAAAAAUACUUUUAUCUGAAGUAUAAUUCAGAUGA